GAGUGAAGGUCUGAAGAAAUCACAGAUGAUGGCUUCUGAUGCUAGUCAUAUGCUGGAAGCAGCCUUGGAGCAGAUGGAUGACAUCAUUGCAGGUACAAAGUCUGCUACAGAGUAUGCUAAUGGUGGUUAUGAUAUUGUAUCACCUGCUCCUUCAGUAUACUUGGGCACAUUUCAAAUUUUGCAUCUCCUGGAAGAUCUAAAGAUGGCAUUGGAAAUGAUAGAAGAUCCUCAAGAGAAAGAAGCAUUGCGAAGUCAAAUUCCAGGGGCCACAGCAGUGUGUUUGCGGGAAUGGUUUGAAGAGAAUCUGUCACAGGUGAAUCAUCAUGCGUCUAAUAAUGAAACUUAUCAAGAAAGAUUGGCACGAUUAGAAGGUGAUAAAGAGUCUCUCAUUCUGCAGGUGAGUGUUCUUACAGACCAGGUGGAAGCUCAAGGAGAGAAAAUCCGGGACUUAGAAAUCUGUCUUGAGGGACAUCAGUUGAAACUGAAUGCUACAGAAGAAAUGCUUCAACAGGAGUUGCUAAGUCGAACAUCCCUAGAGACUCAGAAAUUAGAUCUAAUGGCUGAAGUUUCAGACCUGAAGAUAAAGCUGGUUGGUAUGGAGAAGGAACACAGUGAAUAUGAAGAGAAACAGAACAAAGCUGAGGGUUUGCUGCAGGAACUUAAACACCUCAAAAUUAAAGUGGAAGAACUGGAAAAUGAAAGAAAUCAAUACGAGUGGAAAUUAAAAGCUACUAAAGCUGAGAUAGCCCAGCUUCAAGAGCAAUUAGCACUCAAAGAUGCAGAAAUAGAACGCUUACAGAGUCAGCUAUCUAGGACCUCAUCCCACACUGAAGUGGCAGAAAGAGAGGAAGUUUAUAGGAGAAGGCUAAAAGAAAAACAUCAAGAAGUUCAGCGGCUGAAGAUAGGAAUGGAAUCGUUACUGGCUGCAAAUGAAGAAAAGGACCGUCGAAUAGAGGAGUUGACGCUACUGCUUAGCCAGUACAGGAGGGUCAAAGAGAUCAUGACUGCAGCUCAUGGCUCUUCUAUCUCUGGUGGCAGUGAAGAGGAACUUGAGACAACUGUGAGGAAGUGGAAUUUUUUGAAUAAUCCUCAAGGAGAAGUAUUUAAGACAGAGGCCUCUUCAGGAGAACUGUCACCAGCUGCACUCUCUCCAGUGCCACACAAAGCUACAGAAAUCAGUGGAGGAAUUCCAGCAUCCUCAACUAACGUAACCUCUGCACGAGCAGAUUCUUCAGAAGUCGUAAACAGGAUUCCACAGAAAAAGAAGUCAAACAGUUUAGAAGACUUGCAAAGUGAAUCCCUGGAAAAGUGUGCAGACGGGAAGCCAGUGCAGCCUGUUGUAGAACAAGAGAGCAAGCCACUUGUGAAAGGUGGCAGGUAUCAAACUUUGCCUGGAAAGCUAUCUCGACCCUUACAGAAUGGAGAGCAGGGAAGCCAUAAUUCAACAGAUGGGUGCUGCACGAAGGACAGUGAGGACAACAGCAUCCUGAGCCUAAAUCGCAUCAGGAGUGUCAGUGCACCAGUGCUAGGAGAAACAGAGAACAUGGAUGGUACAGCAGUCUCUGAUGACCUUUCACCUCUUUCUCUGGGAACGGAUUCAGGUCCACAGUCUCCACUGUCUCCAGAAAACAGAAAGAGCCCAAAAGGGAUCAAGAAAAUCUGGGGAAGAAUAAGAAGAACACAGUCAGGUAACUUCCCUGCAGAUGAUCUGGGCUUGGCAGAGUUUCGAAGAGGUGGUCUCCGAGCAACAGCUGGACCUCGGUUAUCCAGAUCAAAGGAAACUAAAGGCCAGAAAAGUGACUACAAUGCUCCCUUUGCUCAGUGGAGCACUGAAAGAGUCUGUAAUUGGCUUGAGGACUUUGGUCUCGGGCAGUACGUCAUAUUUGCACGGCAGUGGGUGACUUCGGGCCACACGCUGUUAACUGCCACCCCUCAGGACAUGGAGAAGGAAAUGGGAAUAAAGCAUCCACUGCACAGGAAGAAAUUAGUUUUGGCCAUUAAAUCAAUAAACACAAAACAAGAUGAGAAGUCUGCACAACUUGAUCAUAUCUGGGUGACACGGUGGCUUGAUGACAUUGGUUUGCCUCAGUACAAAGACCAGUUUCAUGAAUCCAGAGUUGAUGGAAGAAUGCUACAGUACCUAACUGUGAAUGACCUGCUCUUCCUGAAAGUCACCAGCCAGCUGCAUCAUCUCAGUAUUAAAUGUGCCAUUCAUGUGCUGCAUGUCAACGGUUUUAACCCCCACUGCCUACGCAGGAGACCAGUUGAGGAGAAUAGUGUGUCACCUUCUGAAGUAGUUCAGUGGUCCAACCACAGAGUGAUGGAAUGGCUCAGGUCAGUUGAUCUGGCAGAGUAUGCACCAAACCUUCGAGGAAGCGGAGUACACGGAGGCCUGAUUAUUCUUGAACCUCGCUUCAAUGGAGACACCUUGGCAAUGCUGCUGAAUAUUCCACCCCAGAAGACCCUGCUGCGACGCCACCUAACAACCAAUUUUAACGUGUUGAUAGGACCAGAGGCACAAAAAGAAAGAAGAGAAAUAACAGAGUCAUCAGCAUACACACCUCUGACCACCACUGCCAAAGUUCGGCCAAAGAAACUUGGGUUUUCACAUUUUGGAAACUUAAGAAAAAAGAAAUUUGAUGAAUCCACAGACUACAUCUGUCCUAUGGAUACAAACCCAGCUGCUGCAAAUGGUACUCAGAAACGCUAUAGCGGCUACAAAGGACUCGGUCCAUUCACUGACCGGGAACUGGAUCAGAUGGAACAUUCAGAAGGAACAGUAAUGCAAAUAGGGGCUCUUUCUGAAGGCAUAAGCCAUCUGACGACCAUGUUGAGCCAAGAUGAAAUGCUGAAUGACAGCAGGUUUUUAACACCUACCUUUGAAGACUGGAGAUGAUGUUUCAGCGUGACCAAGAACACUAAUAAUACCUCAUGCCUGUCCAGAGAGGUGGCCAGAAGCUUGAUGUGGUACAGAAAAGCUUUACCUCUUUUCUGCUAGUGAGAUGUAGCACAUAGCAUUUAACACUGUCCAAGUAGCAACGUGCUACAGGUAACUCCUUCACACUCCUGUCCAUAUUAUGUAAUGUGAAACAUGCCGAGGGAGGUAUGAUACCUAUAUCCAGAGUCAGAAAGCCAACUCUGGCUCCAUGGUUUACCCUUUCAUUCAGCUGUCUUGUCCAUGGUAUGUUUAUGUGCUGUCAUCUCGAAGAUCUAAGCUUUUAUUUUUAUAAUUAACUUGUAAUGCAGGAAUCAACACUGUUGUACCACAGGGACUGUUCUGAGCCACCUAGAAAUUCAGAUGGGCACUCUGAGUACAGCAGGACUGGCUCACUGAAUCCUACUGCUGUCUUGCCAGAGACUAUUUCCCACAGAAGGAUUUUAAUCUCUCAUCCCUUUUGUUAGCAUUUGUCCUGCCCUUUUUGUCUGAGCAAGUGCAGUGUGAGUGGGAAGAAUGGAACAUAAAACUAUCCACCAAGCCCUUGCUUUUAUCAUCAGGAGGAUGACAAGAUGCCGUGUUCACAAAUCCUCACCUAACAGAGACUGAACAAAUACAGUAGGAAAUGAAACUUUGAGACUACCAGAAAAACUGAUGGGCUCAAAAGCUGGUGCUUCAUUUGAAGUGAGUAGGCUUUCACUGUGUGAUUUUCUUUUACUUAUGCACUAAGAUGUUCACUAUCACUUGGAGAAUGGUGUUUGCUGCGUUCCAUAUAGGGGUAAGUGUAACAAUUUCCAGUGUGAUCCAUUCCUCACUUUUAAAUGACAGUUCUUUACUGGAACUCUUGACCAGGCUCUUUUCUGCACUUGCCAUCUUGUCUGAAAAGGCUAAUGCUGCCACAUGUGCAGCCAUCAACCUGCUCAUGAGCCUUCUGAUCAGUCAAAAGGGGUCAAACAGUUUGCUAGGCCCCAUACCUAGUUUGUCUGCAACAUUGUACUGGUGCUCAGGAAGAUAGGGAUAAUUUCUUUUCAUAGUUACACCUAGUUAAUUAAUUGAGCAUGGCUGCAAAAAGCCCUGAGGACUGGAGAUUUCAGCAGGGACACUUCAACAUUUGCAUGAGAACUGGCGAAGUUGUAAAUACUGCUGUUAGCUUUCAGUUCUCUUCUUGUUCCAGCUACAGAUAGCUUUUCAUACAAUACUAGGCAAUAGGAAACAAGCAUUACUGCUUUGUGAUGUGUAAAACAUGACUAAAGAGCCUUAGGCAAGUGGCAUAAUAAAAUAUUUGUUUAAAAUACCUGACAAAAUACAUUUCUUUACAUAUUAACAUAGCCUAAGGCUAAGUCAUUCCCAGUCCAGAAAAGGGCAAGCUCCAGCACGGUCCCCAGUAUGCAGCAAAGGUUCUUUGCAAGCUGUCAGUGACACUUUUCAAAUAGGAGCUAUUCUAGUCCUUACUCCCUGAGCCUCUCAUGACAGACCCUGCACUGUAUAGUCAGAUUUUAGAAGCUAUACAAGGCUGGUUUUGUCCAAAAUGGUAAAACCAGGGCAACUUUUUUUCAGUUAUUUAACUAUAACAUUAUAAUGGAAAAAUCCAGAGGAAGGAGAAGUCCAUCACCAGACCAAAAAUGCUUAAUAAAAGGUUUUAAAUGCCAAGUACAUCACCAGUCUGGCAAUCAGAUCAUGGGCAUCUGAAGUGCUUUACAAGGUUAGUCAGACAGCAGUUAUUACAGCUCUACAGAGGAGAUGAGCUGCCCCAGCAGAGGCAGCCUUACUGUUACUGGUAUAGUCUAAGCACAUUUUCAGAUCCUUCUUGAUUGUCCUUAAUGUCCCUUCCAACCCAAACCAUUCUGUGAAUCUAUGCAUUUAUAACUCAGUUUGGUGUAGCAUAUAUACAUACAUUAAAGAAAAUGAGUGUGUAUAUAUAGUGAGAAAUCCUGAUCAGUGUAACACUGGCAUAAAUGGUUAUUUUUUAACUGUUGCUAAUAAACUCCAACUGUUUCUCCAUCU